GCCGCGCUGCUCUCGGUGCUCGCGGCCGCUUCCUGCGUGUACCUGGGGCUGAGGACCAGCCAGCUCCAGGCCCGGGUCUCGGCCAUCGAGAGCGCCCACGGGGGCUUCUCUGCCGCCGCCGCCGCCUCCCGCCUGCUGCCCGGCUGCUCCCUGGACCAGCUCCAGUCCGUGGUGCAAGAGAAAGUGGAGCGGCUCCUCGCUCAGAAAUCCUAUGAGCAUUUGGCAAAAAUAAGAAUAGCAAGAGAAGUGCCUCCAGAGUGCAACUGUCCACCAGGCCCUCCAGGGAAACGAGGUAAGAGGGGCAGAAGAGGAGAGACAGGACCUCCUGGUCUACCAGGGCGAAAUGGCUAUCCGGGUCCGAUUGGUAUGGAUGGAAAGCUGGGUCAACCUGGUUCUCAAGGUCCUCCUGGUCCAAAAGGGGAGAAGGGAGAUCAAGGUGAUCAGGGCCCUCGGAUGGUGUUUCCUAAAAUCAAUCAUGGGUUUCUCUCUGCUGAUCAGCAGCUCAUUAAACGCCGCCUCAUUAAGGGGGACCAAGGACAGGCUGGACCCCCUGGUCCUCCAGGGCCACCAGGACCCCGAGGUCCUCCAGGAGAUACUGGGAAAGAUGGCCCCCGAGGGAUGCCUGGAGUACCGGGAGAGCCAGGAAAACCAGGCGAGCAAGGAUUGCUGGGACCUCAGGGGCCUCCAGGACAAAAGGGGUCUCUUGGAGUGCCUGGUAUUCCAGGAAAGGACGGACAAAUGGGUGAUCCAGGUUUGCCUGGUGCGGUUGGAGAAAGGGGAACGCCUGGACUUAAGGGGGAUCCAGGAGAACGCGGAGAAAAGGGUGAUGCUGGAGAAAAUGGACCCAAAGGUGCCAUGGGUGAAAAGGGUGACCCUGGAUCAUCUGCCGCAGGAAUUAAGGGAGAACCUGGAGAAUCUGGUCGUCCAGGACAAAAGGGUGAACCAGGUCUCCCUGGGCUUCCUGGACUCCCUGGGAUAAAGGGUGAGCCAGGUUUCAUUGGUCCACAGGGAGAACCUGGGCUACCAGGAUUACCAGGAACAAAGGGUGAGAAAGGGGAGUCAGGACCUCCUGGGAAAGGUGAACGAGGUGAACCUGGAGCUGCUGGACCAAAGGGGAAAACAGGCGAACCUGGAACUAGAGGCCCAAAGGGGUCAAAGGGUGACACUGGUGACAAAGGUGAUACAGGUGCACUAGGUCCAAGGGGCCCACCUGGACAAAAGGGUGAUCAAGGUGCAACAGAGAUCAUUGACUAUAAUGGCAACAUCCAUGAAGCUCUGCAGAGGAUUACUACUCUAACUGUCACGGGUCCACCAGGGCCACCAGGACCUCAAGGACUACAAGGACUAAAGGGUGAACCAGGAUCCCCAGGAAUUCCAGGAGCUGAUGGGGAUCAGGGUCCAAAAGGCUCAAAGGGAGACAUGGGUGAGCCUGGCAUGUCAGGAGAAAAGGGUGGAAUUGGACUGCCUGGCUUACCAGGAGCCAAUGGUAUGAAAGGAGAAAAAGGAGAUGUUGGUUUGCCGGGUCCUCAAGGUCCUUCUAUCAUAGGACCACCUGGAUCACCAGGUCCACAUGGUCCACCAGGCCCUAUGGGACCCCAUGGACUGCCUGGCCCAAAGGGUGAACCAGGGUUGAAUGGUCUUAAAGGAUUGAAGGGUGAACCAGGUCAAAAGGGUGACAGAGGGCCCCUGGGUCUUCCAGGAGCAUCUGGCUUAGAUGGGAAGCCAGGACCCCGGGGUAUAGAUGGCCCAAUUGGUCCACAUGGCCCAGCAGGUCCUAAAGGAGACAGAGGUGAAAAGGGAGCUGUAGGUGACCCUGGACCCAGAGGACCAUAUGGUUUGCCUGGGGAAAAGGGAAAGAAAGGCAAAAAGGGGCCUAAAGGGGAGAAAGGAGAACAGGGUGCCCCUGGAUUAGAUGCACCUUGCCCAUUGGGGCCAGAUGGAUUACCAAUGCCUGGCUGUUGGCAAAAGUGAUGAAUCUAACCUUACAAGCAUGAAGUUGUGUAUAUACUGCUCCACUUUUUGUAUUUAUAGUUAAAAACUGAAAAUUGAUUUUACAAGUUUGAGAUAUGUUUACAUGUAGCUGCUUCUACUUGUUUGCAGUUGUCCAUGUGUACAUCUUUUCUUCACUUACAUCUGCAGUUAGUCACUAUAUAACUGCGUGAAAAACUUGUAGAAACAAAGAUUAGUUUCUAUAUAGGGAUGUAUCUAUGCAGAAACUAAUCAUGGAGAUCUUAUUAUUUCUGUAAAUCUUCUUUUCUUUUCAUUUCUUUUCUUUUUUUUUCUUUUUCUCUUUUGGCUUGUGGACUUGCAUGGACAAUGAGUGCCAUGAACUAGUUUACAUGAAAUUGUGACCAAAUAUGAGCUAAAUGCUAUGAAAUGUACUGUACCAACUACCAUUGGAGUUUACUGACUUGGCUUCCAUGUUCAUCUUAAACACCAUCACUGAUCCAUGCUGCCACACUUGCUUGUACAGACUAAAAAAAAGCAUGAAUUGUGUGCCAAACCUGCUUGCUAUGUGAUUACUUCACAUGCUAAAAUGGCUGCUCACUGUGACCUUUGAUUCAAACUGCUGAAUUUUUUCCUUUUGUCAUCUCAAGGGAGUCACACCAUGGCUUAUUGCCAAAAAGAGAUAAAGCAGAGGAGAUUAGAAACAGGUCUUGAAUUUUUGGGGAACACAGUUCCAACUGCAGGUGGAUGGCUUCCAGUUUUGUGGGUCCUGUGACCCUUUUGGUCAAGAAGGUCGUGCCUAUUGAUAAGCAUUGGAUUUUCUUGCACUGCUUGCAGUCCUGAAGACAUUCGAGACAGAUGGGUUUUGAUAUCUGGUCUUGUUGACCAUUUAAUCAAGAAGAGAAGAAGUUUGAAGAAGAAAGCACUCUUGCUUUGUGGUUAGUUUUAACAAGUUACAAAGAUGCUGAGUGGAUCAUUUGAUGGCAGACACCACUUGGGACAAGAAGCUUCACAACUUUAUUAAAGGAUUGACACGCUAUGUGACCCAUGUGUUGAAUUUUGGAAUUGCCAAAGGAAAGAGCAUCCUUGGGAAUGGGGGCGUUGUGUAACAUUCCCCUCUUGGGGGUAAUGGAACUGAUCAGAUACAUAUGCACUGUAGUGUGGUUUUAGGAUGAUCCCAUUUAAAUAACACAUUUUGUUGAACUUUUCUGCAGUUUUGGAAGCUAUACUUAAUAUUUUUCUCAUUUUUUUCUCAUAAACAUUUCCAUAAAAAAUACUUUCGGUAACCUAAUUAACAUUUGUUUUGAUGGCUUUGAAGGAAUUUCUUCAAAUCAUCGGUUCCUCUUGUUUCAGUAUUAUCUGUUUUUACAAUAUUUGAAGCCUUUUAUUCUGAGAAAAAUAAGUUUUUUACUUUUACAAGCUGAUUCAUUGACAUGAUUCUUCUUCUACAGUUGCAAAAGAUUUUGCUGGACAUUGUUACCCAAAGAACAUAGAAAAGGAAUGAGCCUAAGUGACUGUCAUUGUAUGGUAGUCAUAGUUCACUUUAUAAGGUGUAAUUAUUUUUCCAUUUCUGAUCAAAUGAGUCAGACACAAAAGAAGCGGAGACUAAGCUUUGUUUCUCUGCAUUCUAAUAAUUGGAAACUUUAAAUUUGGGCAUAUUUGUAGUUUUAGCUUCACGAAACUUCUUUUCUUUCACUCACAGUUCUGAGUCUUCAUAUGGUGCAUUUGUGCUCAGAUUGAGAGAUUAUAUGAACACAUAUAUUUUUUAUCUAUUCAGAUGAUUGUGGGUAUUGAGAUGAGCUCAAACAUUUUUAUUUACAUUUCUAAAAAGUUUUUCAUAUGCAGACCAAAACUAAAGUUGCAGAAGAAAAGAUUGUCUCCAUUCAUAUGUAGGCACCUUGUCAUUCCUGGAAAAAGGCAUCAUUUGUCACUCAGUAGAUUUGUAGCUCUUCUGGAAAUGGGCACCUGUCAAAUAGGUGGGUUGUUUUAGUACUACAUUAGAAUCUAUAGUGAAUAGACCCUAUGCUCUAAGCCUAUAGAAUAUAGGCCCACUAUACAGAAUGUUAUUUUUUAUCUUCAUUUCAGCAUAUCAAAGCCAUAUCAAAAAUAGCCUUUUAAAGAGAGAAAUAUAUUUCUACAAUUUUAUAUUAUAAAUAAGGACCUUUUCCAUGAAGUUCUUCAUCUUAUAGUUUCCUACAAAAAUGGGCUGCAGGUGUAAACAUUUAGCAAAAAAAAGCCCCAUCGAGUCAUCCUAGCAACAAGGACCAUAACCGAAGUAAUAUUUUUCUCUGUCUAAUCUAAUUUCUCAGAAACAACUCCAGCAAGCUUAAUAUUAUAAUAAUUUUUUUAUAAAAUGGCCUUACAAUUACACAGAGCUGGUAUGUGGUGUAAUACAUCUGGGUGCCACAGUAGUGACUUUAAUGGAAAUUUCCCACUCAGAGGCGAUUAUAAGGUCAGAAGCGUAACCAGUAUCCCUGCCAGUCACUUCUCAGUUUUAUUCUGCAUUCCUGACAAAGAUUCAGGCUACCCUCUGGGCAGGAAUGGAAUUCCCUCCAUCCAGAUCCUAUUGUGGCACACAUUGGCCAAGUACAUUGUGGAUGUGGGGAAUUUGCAUUUGCCUCAGAAACACUAUACGUUGGAAAACACCAGAAAGAAGACUAUUGACCAGUCCAAUAUGGUAAUUCCAAUUUUCCAUUAAGGGAUUUUCCUAGUUAUCUUUUAUCUUAACGCAUAAUAUAAUUUAGCUAAUGUUUUUACAACACACCUCAUCAUAAUCUACAAGUAUGCUUAUAUGUUGUAUUAUAUAAGAAACUGUGCAAGAUGCAUAUGUCUUUUUUGCAGUAUUCUACAUGUGCAGAAUAAAUUUAGGAAGCUUACCAUUUAAUUCAAUGUUUUAGCACCAUGAAUCGUAGCAAAAUCUUGGAAUUGGCCAUAAAAGCAAAACAUUUUAAGAAGUAACAUGAUAAUAAAAGACUAAUAAAUGCGUGCUGUCACACCAGUAUUUGCCUUUUUUUAAAAAUGAUAUGAGAACCUGAACUUUAAACGUCAUAUUCUGUAAACAAGGAAAUGAUGAACUUAGUUCUGCUAAUUUAUAAUCACUAGUUUAAAAUACCAGUCCAUUCAGUUCUGUUGAUAACAUUUGUGACUUUAAAACAUAGAGAAAAAUGCAAUAAUCCUCUAAGUGCGAUAUAGUCACUGACAGCAGUACACAGAGGAUGCGUAGUUAUGUAAAUUUAUUUUUUCCAAAAUAAGUUCCUUCUUUUUACUCCUUUGAAAUAAGGAACUCCCAUGAAAUAAGGAAGGUUUCUGCUUUCAGUUAUUCUUUUUUCCAUAUUUUUAAAGCUUUCACUGUGGCUAAUGCCAGGAAAGCAUCAUUCCAUUGAAAUAACAGGAUUUUAACAGCAGAUACAUAGUGUAAUCUGACUGGUAGGAGUAAUAACAACUGUCAUAAAUAUAUAUAGACAAUUAAUGGCAGUGAAAAGGUGCCUACAUCAUACCAAGUUUUACUGUGGGGAAAUCUAAACAGCAUGUAUAAAACUUUGAUAUACAGUACCAAAAAGAUCAGGUUGAGUAUUUCAUACUGUAAAGCACCCUCUGAAGACUUGCAACUUAUGUGGUUUAAAAACACUCAUUUUUGGUGCUACUAUACCAUUCUCUUUUAUAUCACAGAAAACCUCCAUGUUUUAUUAUUGUGUUUUAUCAUUUCAUUUUUGUAGCAUUCCUUCCAUACAGUUUUGUUCUGUGUAAUUUGGGAACUGGCUGAAAAAUUUAUUGACAGCCUUUUCAGCUGUAAAAAUGUAUAGGAAGCAUGACUUCACAUAAGCUCCAUAUCCUUUGCUUCUUGUUUUGUUUUGCAAUUAUUUCUUGUUCUUUUGUUUAGGGUUUUCACUAUAUGUUUGUCACCAACUUUCAGAUGUUUCAUUUACUGAAGCAUAGUGCAGUCGCACCAAGGAGAGUGUGCUAAAGGAACAGUACGUCUACGAGCACUGUUUGGAACGUGAUACAAAUGACCUCUGUCAUCAUUUUCAUAUCUUUGUUGUAGGGACACUUUCUUUCAAGAUGUUUUGGACACUGAUUUAUAUAAAGUAAAGCAUGAAACACAGUUGGUGGAACUUUGAUGCUAAAUGUCAUUUUUGAAUAUAUAUUUUUUCUUAAUUUAUUGGUGCUUUUGGUGUCACUGUCUGACAUUCUGGUGAGGCAGUAUGAUUCUGGGCAUCCAGCUGUUUCUAUAUGUUUUCUUUGUCUACCAUAUAAGUAUUAUAGAAAAGUUUGAAAAAGGUCAAAUCAGCAUGUCUGCAUUCAUAAAAAUAAAAAUGUGCUUUAAUAGCUUUAAAUGGGCUAUUCUCAAAAGUCUUUGUUAUGUGCAGUGGAGAAACAUUGAAAUUGGAGUUAUUAAGCUUUCUACUACUGCAAGCACAUAAACUAGUUUGUAUUUAUUGUCUGAUUAUGACACUGGGACAGAUAAUACAGCCCUGACUCAUGCAAAUAUUCCUAACACCUUAAAGAGAGGGUGGUAUGGUCUGGUGAAUAGAGCCCUGAACUCAUAGUCAGGAGACACAGAGUCACUUCCUGGCCACUUUGAAGUCAGUGGGAGUCAUUCCAUACCUUCACUGGGCCAAGAUUUCAUCACUAGGACCUCCUCCCAACUCUUUCCCUGGCACUUGGGGCAAACUCAUGCAAGUCAUUUCACCUUCUUGUGCUACAAUAUCCUUAUCAGUAAAAUGGGGAAAAUACUACAAAUCUCCUUUGUAUACCCUUUUAAGCUGUAUAGAUAAAAUGGGCUCCAAAAGAUCUGGGUAAUCAUGAGAGAGAUUCUGCUGAGUGCAGUGGAACUACUUUUUAUAAGUCAGGACUACUUGAGUAAAGGCUGCAGGAAUGUUCUCAUUCUACUAAGUAAAUAUAAUGCUACAGGACAUGCAGAAACUAGCCUUUUCUUUCAAAUAUCCUUACCUCCACUACCUGGCUAUCUUACAGCUUACCUGAAGAGAGCAUUUUAAUUUUCACAAAAAAAGAGUAUGUCACAAAAAUAUGGAUCUCUACAAGGAAAGAGAAACAUAAGCAAGAAUGGUUGUGGCUAAUUUCUUUGGCCAUUAAAGUAACGCGCCUAAUAUCUAACUGUUAUUUCAUAGCCACUUGUUUUUAUGUAUCUAAGGAUUACUGUAGUAUGGAAAAGUAUUUACUUGGUGGUUGGAGUCAUUAAGUGAUGUCACAAACAAGUGCCUGCCACCAUCAUUUCCCAUAGAAGUUGAAAAGGAUACUCCACAGAACAGGUGGAAUUUAUGUUUAAAAUAGUGAGCCCGGAGUGUUAUUUGUGCUUUGUUUUGUUUUGUAUUUUAAAUACAUCAAGGUAUUGAUGCUGCUUUAGAAACAGAAUUGUCUUUCUUUGGAGAUCCGGGAGCCUUACUCAACCUGGGACCUAUAGUGUUUUAUUUGUUUAUAUUUAACUAAGAAACUGUAUGAACUUCCCAGAUGCCAUUGGUACUUGCACACUUCAUUGAGGUAUUAUUGAAGGGUUUGGCUAGAAAAAGAAUGUUUUACAUUUAUGUGGAUGUUCUUAUAUUAUUGUACAUGUUUGGGAAAAUAUAAUAUUGUGCAACUUACUUUUUUUUUUAAGAUGUAUGUAUCUGACAUUUUUCCUUUGGAAAAUACUAUAUUUUUAUUUGUAUUUUUUACUUUUUUAAGUUCAUCUAUAUGUGCAGUUAUUUUUAUAUCACAAAUGGUCUCUUGAAAAUGCAGUAGAGGAGAUAAUGCAAAGAAAAGUAAUUUGGUGAGAAUUACACUGCUUUUGGGAAAACAUGUGAGUCUCAUGCAAUCAAUUCUGCUACAAAUAUUCUGAGUGUCUCAUCAUUGUAAAUAUGGCACAAAACCUGUCUUGCCCAUUUCAAGGUUUAAAUUAUCCAUUUUCAUUUGUUGUUAAUUUUCAUUUUAUUGUGGCCUCUGGCUUCAUUGAACCUGAUCAAACCGCAUGCUUUUGGUUUUGUUUUUAAAAUUUCUCCUUGGUUUUCAGUUUUUAAUAUUGUUUUGUUGUAUUUGAGAUUUGUACUGAGUUUUUGUUUCUAGCUUGUGAGAAGUUGAUCUUCAGAAUUAUUUUUACACUAUUUAUGGACUUAUUUUCAUAAUGUAAAAAGUGUGUAAUUAUUAAAAUAUUAAUCCAGCCAUUAAUACUGACUUGCAUAGUUAUAAAGUUUUCUCGGUGUUCAUGCAAGAAAUUGUUCUGGUUUCUCUAAACUGAAAAAUACUGUGUUUUAUGUUGAGCCUAAAUGCAUCUGGAAAGCGAGUGCAGCUCAUUCUAGCUACUCUUCACACUUGUUCUAUUCCAUCAGUGUCACUCAACUUGAGGGUUAUGAAAAGCAAUCUAAAACAAAGCUGCUCCCCUUACUCUUCAUAUGCCUUUACCCUUCCAAGUCAAAUAUUUUCUGUCAGCCUCUUGAAACACAGACACAAGUGGAUUUUAUAAGGUUAUCAUUUUUACUACUGAUAUAUAGAAAUGUAAGGGCAAAAUCAUAAAUGUUUUUAACCUUGAAUAAAGGGUUGCCCACCUGAAAAAGUUGAGAAA